AAUAAUUAGGCUGCGGGCGGGGGGUGUAGCGUCAGCGCCCGGCGCCGGCCAAUCCCGGAGCUCUCCCCCGCGGUCACGUCAUAGGCCGAACAACCAAACAGAAAAGUUUAAUAAACAGCGGACGGAGGGGCCGGCAGCGGCGGGGCCGGAGUGAGCCGAGGUUCGGCGGCCUCACCUGUCCCCACUCACCGGCGACGACCGGCGGCGGCGGGCAGCGCGUCAGGUGGAGAGAGCUGCCGCCAGGAAUGAAUCUGAAGUCUGCUGCAGUAAAACACUGAAGGCUUUAAAAUGUUUUCUUGCAUAAAACUCAAACUUUAAGUAGCUGCUUAUGAGAAUAGGGAAGGCAGGAAGCUAAUGUCUGUCUCAAGAUACAGGACAGCUGUUUGCUCAUCAACCUCAACUGUGUGUGCAACAGAGGAACAUGGCGCAAGAAACUAAUCACAGCCAAGUGCCUAUGCUUUGUUCCACUGGCUGCGGAUUUUAUGGAAACCCUCGUACAAAUGGCAUGUGUUCGGUGUGCUAUAAAGAACAUCUUCAAAGACAGAAUAGUAGUAAUGGUAGAAUAAGCCCACCUGCAGCUUCUGUCAGUAGUCUGUCUGAAUCUUUACCAGUUCAGUGCACAGAUGGCAGUGUCCCUGAAGCUCAGUCAACAUUAGACUCUACAUCUUCAUCUAUGCAGCCAAGCCCUGUAUCAAAUCAGUCACUUUUAUCAGAAUCUGUAGCAUCUUCCCAAGUGGACAGUACAUCUGUGGACAAAGCAGUACCUGAAACAGAUGAUCUGCAAGCUUCAGUAUUAGAUACAGCACAGCAGCCACCUGAAGAGCAAAGCAAGUCUCUUGAAAAACCAAAACAAAAAAAGAACCGCUGUUUCAUGUGCAGAAAGAAAGUGGGACUUACUGGGUUUGAAUGCCGGUGUGGAAAUGUUUACUGUGGUGUACACCGUUACUCAGAUGUACACAAUUGCUCUUACAAUUACAAAGCUGAUGCUGCUGAGAAAAUCAGAAAAGAAAAUCCAGUAGUUGUUGGUGAAAAGAUCCAGAAGAUUUGAACUCCUGCUGGAAUACAAAAUCCUUUGACCAUCUGCAAACUAAAAAUUGACUUGAGGUUUUUUUUCCUAGUCAUUGGGAAUGUAGAGCAAUGUAUCUUGCAUAGACCUUCUAAUCAUGCAUGUCAUCAGAAGAAUAGAUUUUUGUUUUGUUUUGAAAAUGACUCUGAACAUUUAUUUCCAUUGCAGUUUCUGUGGCUGAAAAGACUUAAACUUUACAAGUAUUAUCCUUUUAAGAUCAUUUUAAUUUUAGUUGAGUGCAGAGGGCUUUUAUAACAAACACGGAGAAAUUGUGGAGGGCUGUGAUUUUUCCAGUAUUAAACAUGCAUGCAUUAAUCUUGCAGUUUAUUUUCUCAUUGUGUAUGUAUAUAUAGCUUUUCUCUGCAGCACGAUUUCUCUUUUGAUAAUGCCCUUUAGGGCACAACUAGUUAUAAGUAACUGAAUGUAUCUUAAUCAUUAUGGCUGCUUCUGUUUUUUCAUUAACAAAGGUUAUACAUAUGUUAGCAUAUAGUUUCUUUGCACCCACUAUUUAUGUCUGAAUCAUUUGUCACAGGAGAGUGUGUGCUGAUGAGAUUAUAAGUUUGUGUGUUUUAAAAUUUUUUUGAGCAAAGGAAGAAAAGGCUGUAUGCAUUUCAUUGCUGCCUACAGAUUUCUUUCAGAUUACGUUCAUUUGUCUGUGUGUAUACAAUAUGAAGAAUGAUCUGAAGUAAUUGUGCUGUAUUUAUGUUUAUCCACCAGUCUUUGAUUAAAUAAAAAGGAAAAUCAAAAUGC